UCUCUCUUCUUAAUCUUUUUUCGUCGGUCUAGAAAAUCAUGGCUCCAAAGGUGAUCAAAAUCAAAAGUAGUGCAAUGAUCAAGAAAAGCUCAAAUUACAGGGGCAUCCUUAACAACACCAACUACCAGAGUGGAACGAGUUUUCGUGAGGAGAUACUCAGCAAAUUGUCGCAGAAUCUCAUUUGUCGCAGUUGUGCAGCGCUCGCCUGGCUUGAGUCAUUUGAAGCUGAUCUUCAGAAAGUGAGACUCGACUUGCAGGCUGUGGAAAGAGCCAUCAAGAAAAGAAACAGGUCAUCCAAGGGCAUGGCUCAGCUCAAACUCAAGCCAUUUGUCCACAGCAAGUGACAAUCGCUUGAUGACAAGCUUUCAAGAGCCUAAUGUAAACUAUCUGAAUGUGUUAUAUUUGGUAUCCAAUGGUUUGGAGUUUAACAUUAUCUUAACUGA